AUGGCUGCUCUUCCUUGUUCAAAAACCAAGCCCUUUCGAUCAAUCAGUUUGCUCGUUAGAUCACACCCCACAACUCAGAGAGUUGAAGAGGUGCUCAAUAAGCUCAGUGGAUUGGAGACAUCAGUUGUACCAACAGCAGAGACAUUUUGUAACGGUUUGCUCAGGUUGGAGGAGUUACAGAAGUGCAUGGAUGAUCUUCUUAACUCUUGUCAAACUCUUCAGAUACUCUCCCAACACCAACACGCGAAAUGGUUUGAGGAGUUAUUGGAAAAAUCAGUAACAAUUCUUGAUGUUUGUAGCACUACAAGGGAAUUUGUCUCUCAGUAUAAGGAAAAUGUAAGAGCUCUUCAGUCCUCACUCAGAAGAGGAAAAGGAGAUGCCAGUGCCGAAGCUGGAAUUGCUAGAUUCACUACCUUCAGCAAGAAAAUGAAGAAGGAAACCAAAAGAUUAGUCUUGGCUUUGAAGCAAGUGCAUUGUGAGACUUACACUGCAGCAUUCCUGGAAGCAGAUCAGGAGACAAUAGCAGUGAUUAGAGCACUAAGGGAAGCCAAUGUAGUUUGCAUUUUAAUCUUCCAAAUGCUCUCGUCCUUCUUUUCUGUGCCACUUUUGAAGCCGAAGCAGCCAAAAUGGUCAUUGGUUACAAAACUGAUACACAAUGGAAGAACAGAACAUGAAGGCCUAGAAAACAGUACGAUCUUGGAAACAAAAGUGGAGACUUUUGAGGCUCAACUUGACAGCUUUGAAAAGGGGCUGGAAGGAGGAUUUAGGAGCCUGAUUAGAUCAAGAAGCUUGCUCCUGAAUGUUUUCUCCUGCUAA